UGGGAUCCGGAAUGCACCCUAGGAAGCUAGCGUUAUCUAGAUGGAUAGCUAGUAAAUAAUUAUAUCGGGGCGUUGGAAGUAGCAGGGAGUAGGUAGUCGCUGGAUAACACGGAGGAAGGAGCUGUUAUGCUCAGAUGGAGCACUGUUACACGAUUUAAAGUCAGUCAGACCUGUAUGUGGGUGACAAGAAAUGAAUAAACCCAAAAUGGCAACAGAGAAAGGCAUUCCCAGUAGUUCCCGGGUGCUGAUGCUGCUGGCUCAGCUGGAGCGGCACGACGGGGAGGCUGUGGGCUCUGACACGGAGGCCAUCAGGCAGGUGACGGGCAAAAUCCUGCACCUCAUCCAGACGCAAGAGAAGACUCGUAAGGAGGUCAUGGCUAAAGGCUCCACUGGUAUGGAGGUCAUUCUCUCAUCUCUACAGAGCACACAGGAUUUGCAGACAAUUCUGAACAUCUUGUGUAUUUUGAAUGAGCUGUUGACAGUGGCCGGUGGCCGCAGGGUGGGCGUGUUUGUGUCUAAAGGAGGAACAGCCAUCCUCCUGCACCUGCUGAUCAGCUCUGGCAGAGAAGCAUCCCCCAGUGAAGAGCUCAUGCACCAGAUACACUCACUAUUGGCCAAAGUUGGACCUAAAGACAGGAAGUUUGGAGUUAAAGCGCGACUAAGUGGGGCUCUAAACGUGACGGUGAAUCUGCUGAAACAGAACCUGCAGAACCACAGACUCCUGCUGCCAUGUCUGCAGGUGCUACGCCUCUACUCCAGCAACUCGGUGAACGCUGUCUCACUGGGAAAGAGUGGCAUGGUAGAGAUGAUGUUUAAAGUCAUUGGACCCUACACCAAAAAGAACACCACCCUGCUGAAAGUGGCCCUUGAUACUUUGGCAGCUUUGCUAAAAUCAAAGAUGAAUGCUCGCCGCGCAGUGGACAGGGGCAACGUGCCAGCCCUGCUCGCCAUCUACCUGGACUGGCACCGCAACGACACCCGCCACCGGCACACGCUCCUUCGCAAGAGCAUUCUGGGAUGCAUCAAAAACAUCACUAACAUCAAGCUAGGCAGGAAGGCCUUCAUUGAUGCUGAUGGCAUAAGGACCCUCUAUAACACCUCCGCAGAGUGCCUGCCCGUCCGGACGCUGGACCUUUUGGUGAACACCUCCAGCCUGAUCAUGAGGAAGUGCUUCCCAAAGAACCGCCUUCCGCUGCCCACCAUUAAAAGUGCUUUUCACCACCCGCUCCCACAGGUCCCGGCCAGUAGCCCAGCGGCUCAGAUAUACAGCCAGCCACCAGACGUGGAUGACGUCAUGGACGAGAGCGAUGACAACGAGGAGACGGAGGUCGACACGGAGAACGAUACUGAGGACGAGGAGAAGGAGCACAAGGCUCAGAACGAUGACAUUGAGACCGACAUCAACAAACUGCGACCCAGACACCUUGUGUUGCGCCCAUUUGACGAGCUAAGAGUUUAUGAGCGAUUUUUUCUGGAAUUCUCUGAGGAUUUUCAGGACUUUGACUUCGAGAGCAGUAAAUCCACCUCCCCAUUCACGCCCCAUGCCCCGAAGCUCCAGCGGCCUAUUGUCAUCCCCAUGGGCCGUACCCCAGCCGGCCCCUGGGCCUAUCCCAGAAACAGGCACCCACGGCAAGAUGCACACGAGCCACCCCGGCCCAAUGACGCCCCGAUGGGCGUGGUCUUCAAGGCUCCAAAGGAUGGGCCGGAGCAAGAUAUAGAGCAGGCCCUGGGCUGCCUGGCCCUCAACACCUCUGACUCAAUGAACGGAGGCUGCACCGGGGCGGGGCCUCAGGAGGAGGGUGGGGACCAGGCAGUGCUGGAGGUGCCAGACACAGCAGCACUCCUGCCUCUGCAUGACCCUGACCUGUACCUAGAGAUGGCCAAAGCAACCUGCUCCGUGCCAGGCUACACAGAAGUGGCGUAUCCAGACUAUUUUGGCCACAUAGCACCAAACUUUCGGGAACACAUUCUAGAGAGAGUUUACGGGGUACAGCGAGCGAAAAUUUUCCAGGAUAUUGAGAGACUGAUUCACCCUGCCGAGAUCCUGGACAGAGUUGUAUAUGACCUUGACAUGCAGAGUUGUCCAGUAGUUGAUGGCGAGUCACUGAAGUUCAACUCGCGGUUCGAGUCUGGCAAUCUGCGAAAGGCAAUUCAAGUCAGAAAGUUUGAGUAUGAUUUGGUUCUGAACUCUGACAUCAACAGUAACCACUACCACCAGUGGUUCUACUUUGAGGUGAGCAGCAUGCGCGUGGGAGUGCCCUAUCGCUUCAACAUCAUCAACUGUGAAAAGUCCAACAGCCAGUUCAACUACGGCAUGCAGGUGCUGAUGUACUCUGUCCAGGAGGCCAUUGGCGGCAGUCCCCGCUGGGCCCGCACUGGCUCCGACAUCUGCUACUACAAAAACCAUUUCUCCCGGAGCUCAAUCGCCGCAGGGGGCCAAAAGGGCAAAUCCUACUACACCAUGACCUUCACUGUGACCUUUCAGCACAAGGACGACGUCUGUUACUUUGCCUACCAUUACCCGUACACCUACUCUACCCUGAAGAUGCACCUGCAGAAGUUGCAGACCAUGUGCACGCCGCACAUCUACUACAGGCAGGAGCUGCUAUGCCACACCCUGGGGGGCAACGGCUGCCCCCUGCUCACCAUCACGGCCAUGCCGGAGUCCUGCAGCAGUGACCGCGUCUGCCAGUUCAGGAAUCGGCCGGUGGUGUUCCUGAGUGCACGGGUUCACCCAGGAGAGACCAACGCCAGCUGGGUGAUGAAGGGCACGCUGGAGUUCCUCAUGAGCUCUGGCCCUCUGGCCCAGAGCUUGAGGGAGAGCUACAUCUUCAAAAUCAUCCCCAUGCUCAACCCAGACGGAGUCGUCAACGGGAAUCACAGGUGCUCUCUGAGUGGUGAAGAUCUGAACAGGCAAUGGCAGAACCCAAGUUCUGAGCUUCACCCCACCAUCUACCACGCCAAGAGUCUGCUGCAGUAUCUCAGUGCUGUGGGGAGGACGCCCCUGGUCUUCUGCGACUACCACGGUCACUCGCGCAAGAAGAACGUCUUCAUGUAUGGCUGCAGCGUGAAGGAGACUGUUUGGCAGACCGACAUCAAUGCCAGUUCCUGUGACCUGCAGGAAGACCUGGGCUACAGGACUUUGCCCAAGCUGCUGUCUCAGCUGGCACCUGCAUUCAGCCUUGCAAGCUGCAGCUUCGUGGUGGAGCGCUCCAAAGAGGCCACAGCGCGUGUGGUGGUGUGGCGGGAGAUCGGCGUGCAGCGCAGCUACACCAUGGAGAGCACGCUGUGCGGCUGCGACCAGGGCAAGUACAAGGGCCUCCAGAUCGGCACAAGGGAGCUGGAAGAGAUGGGUUCCCAGUUCUGUGUGGCUCUGCUCAGGCUGAGACGCCUCACCUCCCCCCUGGAGCUCCGCAACCAUCACACACACCAGCUGGACAUGGAGAGAGACCUGAUAGAGACCCGCUGCAAUAUGACCUGCCCCACCACGUACGUGAUGGAGGAGGACGAGCCUCCGUUCAUGGAGGAGGUGGACUAUAGUGCUGAGAGCGAGGAGGAGAAUGACCCCAACCUGGAGACCGCCCAACUGGACCCCAACUCUGACCUUGAGAUCAACAACCAGGACACUCUUACCUGAGAUCUGCUCACCCUAGCUAAGCCAUACCAAAUGCAGCUUAGUUACACAAGCCUGGCUAAGUGACAUCAAACCUUUCAGUAGGCGAACACAACCAAAUCCAGUUCUAGUCAUUGACACUAGUUCCAAAAAAAAUGUCUUAAAAUAUAAAGAUGUGCUUCAAACAUACAUACUUGAGUACCAGUGGACAAUUACAGCCUAAUACACGUGCUCCUGACAUAACCAAGUUAGGUAUAACAAACACUAACAAAAUAGAGUAAUGGUUUGAUAAGGUCAAUAGUACCUAAUGUAAAAUCAGCAGUACUUGAAUGCAACAUGGAGAGACGACCAUAAUUAUGUUGGAUAUUAAUUCGCCAUAUUUUAUUUUUAAUAACAUUAUAAACAGACUAGUUAGUGCUGUAGUGAUUUAACUCAAGUGUUAAACACAAGCAAUCUCACGUCUGGGUCACGGUCUUUAAAAAGGAACUAAUGGUGCUACACUCGCUGUUCAAGUACAUUUCGCUUCCUGUUCAAGUACACUCAGUUCAGCCAGAGCGAAGCUGCCUUUCCUUCAGCCAGUGUGGUGUGUUGCACACAAACGCAUUAAACGUUGUAUCCACUGCGUUCUAACACAUCUCGCAGACCCGUGUGGGUUAGGGAGGAGAACCCCAGAUAUGCUCACUCAAACUUGUAUACCCGCGCUGAUGUUCCACUGUGUCAUCCCGUGUGAGAAACGUAUCAUCACUCUUGCCUUCAUGGUAUCGUGUGUGUGGGUGCGUGUAUGCACUCACGCUUGUGUUUGGUGUUUGCUAGAAGCCCUGUCAGUAGGUUGCAGUCACUGAUCAACAUUGCUUGAGUGAGUGAGCGUGCUUAUGGCACUAUAUGGAUGUAUUUGCACUGGAAAUCAUUUCGGGGAUGGGGUGGGGGGUUGGGGAGAAGUCUGCACUUGAAGUGGGAGAGCUCACGUGAUUUAAUUCACAUGCAGAGUUGUUUUGUUGUUUGUUUAAUUAGUGCAUGUUUCCUGGACGUUGCCUUUCUUAUUUAUUUCAUGUUUGGUUGUUUUGGGAGAGGGGGAGGGAGAGGGAUGGGGGGUGGUUAGCUGUAGAUAAAAAUACCAAAAACCAGUUUGGUUUGGACUGAAUGUAUAAAAUCAAAAUGGCUGUUUGACUUUUAAAGUUAUGGGUAAUAAAUAUUUAAG